AGUCUAUCAGGACCAGGGAGUUUGCCUUCCCCUACUGUCUCGGGAAGGAUUUUGGGGUGCCCCCCCAGAGCACACGGACACACCCCCCCCACAAGAGCAAGGGAGAGAGUUCCAAGCCUCCCCACUUCCAGAUUCUGGGUGCCUGCUGGGUAUCCUAAAACUGGCAGCAAAUUUAAUCUUUCUUCCAAGCAGACGGUAGUGUCAGCUGCGCCCCUCCUGUUUGGACCUCCCGGCAGAGAUGGCCUUGGCGGAUUUCCACUACACGACUGGCAUAAGCAGCGGAUUCAAGGUCUACAUCUUGGAAGGCCAGCCUUCUUUUGAGAAUGAGCAGAAAUUCCGACGCCUCCCAGCCCACCGGUUUCCAGUCUACUCAAUCAAACGCAAGCUCGGUGCUGAUGUGAGAAGCCCUGACCGGACCUUGGAAGGGCAGAAGGAGUCUAAAGUCAGGCGGUCAGCAUACGGGCCUAUAGCCACCUUGCGUGAGCGGACAGCACCCCCUGCUGGCCAGAUCCCGGAAGACCCAGCUGCUGUGCCUUGCGUCACCACCACCUCCAGACCAAAGCCCUGCAUUGACGCUCGAGUGCUUCACCCAUCCUGCCCGCAUAGAUGCCCCUUGAGGAAGCCCCAUCUGGAUCCCACCCUUACAGUGUCCCAGUUACAGCAGAUGCGCCCUUCGGUCAUCACUUGCGCCCCUCGCCGGAGCUGCUCAGAAACACCGACCGCCACCAGCCAUCCCGUCUCCCCAACAAAGCAGAGCAACAAGGAGACUCCCAGUUCUUCCCACUCACAGCGGUUUUAUGCGUGGACCCCUGGCUCUGCAGGGCCUUCAGCCCGACUCGGUGGACAAGCGUCUCGGCAGGAGAGCAGCCAGGAGGCAGAAGACCACAGUCCCUACCCCAGCAACUGAUGAUCCAUGCUCUUGCCCGGGAAGAGCCCCUCUGCAUCCCUGUAGCCUUGACUUCCUGCCGCCAGACCCCAGAGUUCCGCCUGCCAGACCUUUCCCCUUUUAUAUUCCGCCUGCCUUCCCUUUUCCUUCUCCUAACUCUGUGCCCUCCUUUUGCAGCCCCACACGCAUGGAGCUGCCUUCCACUGAAUCAGACCCUUGCUCUGUCAGGGUCAGUCGUGUCUGCUCACUCAGACGAUCGGUUGGCUCUAUAGCGACUCAGGCAGACGUCUUUCCCAUGACCCCACUACCUGAUCCUUUUAAUAAUGCUGGGGAUUGAACC